GCAUGCGUGCGAACAGAGAGAGGAAGGAAAUGUUCUGUAUGUUCGCUUAAGUGUAUAAAAUCUGCCACUUCCUCAGGAUGACCACUCCAGCGGUGCAGCGAGCCUGACGCUUUAAGAGACUGAAGUGGAGAUCGGGGUCCAGUAAAAGUGGGAGGGUUAAAGAGAAGAGGAGGAGGAGGAGGCAGAAACAGAAAGAAAACAGAGAAACAGAGUGGAUGAGAGGCAGACUGCAGAGGACCGGUGAGAGAGACACACAGAAGAUUGAGACCGUUGUUCAGAGAUGGAUUUAAGUUUGCUUCAAGCUCUGGAGAGAGAACGGGUCCUGGAGGUUCUUCGGAGAGACAAACAGCUGCGUAUCAUCGAAGAGGACAGGAUUAGGAGGAUGAAACAUGAGCUCCAGGAGCUUCGGAGAAGAGGUGCGAAGAGUCAUGCGCGGCAGUACGGCGAGCGGACGUGCGCGCGCUGCCAGAGGCCCCUGGGAAAGUUCUGGAACUGUGGUGACGUGUGCCGCGGCUGCAGCCACCGGAUCUGCAGCAGGUGUCGAGUGGGCGUGGGAGCGGCGGGCUGGAAGUGCACGGUCUGUUACGCCUACAGGGAGGUGAAGAUCAGGUCUGGAGAAUGGUUCUUAGACGAGUGUUCACACAAAUUUCCAGUCACCACAGCGAAAUAUGAGACGGUUGGGGAGAAACUAUUAAAGACCUACAGUGUGCUGAGUCAUAUAUCAGUUGUACCUCCCACUCCUCCACCCUACAUGGAAUUUCCAUUUCUGAGCAGAUCUGGGGAUUGGAAAAGCUCAAGAACCUUCAACAAGUCCAUGGAGGACCUGAUGGUUCAUGUCACCUCUCACAUUAAAAAGAUUUCAACGUCUCAGAAUGACUUGCUCAGUGUUGACAACAUCCGCAGAGGGUCCUGCUUCAACUUCAGCAACCAGAAGAGUCUCUCCGACACCGACAUCAACAAAUCCAAAAAUCUCUUUAAAAUGCCCAGCCUUCCAAACCUGUUCAAGAAAAGCAAAGACAGCGACCAUGAAGGCUCCUCCACCGGGGCAGAAGAAGAAACUUCAUGCAGUUCUGAGUACUCAGGAGGAAAGAGAGGCAGCACCAGCAGCGUUAGCAGCUUCUUCGAGAGCAUCACUGUUUCAGGAGAGCUGGAGCUCGCUCUGUCCUACAGCAGCAGCUCCUCCUGUCUGGAGAUCUGGGUCAGGGCCUGCAGAAAUCUCACCUGUGGAGACGCCAAGAGGAAGAAAUGCAACCCAUAUGUGAAACUCUACGUGCUCCCAGAAAAGAGCAGCAAGCUGAAGACAGCGGUGAAGAAAAACACGACUGAUCCAGUUUAUAACGAAGUCUUAAAGUAUUACAUAGAGCGCCCCCUGCUGUUUGGGAAGAGACUUCAGGCCUCUGUGUGGCAUUCAGGAACCCUGAGAAAGAAGGUGUUUCUCGGGGAGGUCCUGAUCCCCCUGGAUGGCUGGAGGUUUGACGACAAGAUGUCCCAGCGCUUCAACUGGUACCCGCUGUGUCCGAAGGCUGAGGGUCCAGAGGGGGGUGCUGUGGAGCUGGACGGAGGAGAUCUGCUGCUCAGAGUAAAGCACCGCUCCAACAGUCAGGGUGUCUGACCCUGAGAGCCUGCAGAGAGCUCUUCCAGAAGACGCCCAUCCCCGAGGGUAGCACUCCGUCUACAGGUCUACAGUACGGCCCUUUGAACCUGCAUCUGUAGGAUCCAAAACCCCUCCUGUACCUUUGAAAGACCCCUGAGAAGACCUGAAAUAGACUCUGGCAACUGAAGUGACUUCUUGUCAAAUAUUGAAAAAAGAAUUAUGGUAGUCAGAACGUAGUAUAACAAACAAACAAAGACAUUUGAAGUUAUUAUUUACAACUCUUCCUUUGAAUAACUUGUUACACUUAGUGUAUCACUUGUAUAGUACAUGAAUAUACAUUUAAAUAAGAUGUCGCUUUGGAUAAAAGCCUCUGCUAAGUGAAUUGUAGAAUUGUAGAAUGUUAAGAAGUCGUAAUCAGGGAACAGGUGUUUAUAUAUUUAUGUUUUAAUUUAUUGUACUGCAAUACUUAUAUUUAUUAAUAAAGUAUUUUCUCUAAGUAUUA